AUGAUCACCAACAGCAAUCUAUCGCUCACCCUCACUCCGGAUAACCCGAGUAAUUGCGAUCUGACCGACGCUGAAAUAGGCAAAGUCGUAUACCAUGUUUUCACCGUCUUCGAUCCCCAAACUACUACCAUCGUGGAGAAUGCCGCAGGAGAGAAGAUCGCAUCGUGGGAGUGGAGUGACGUGCGAUCAGACGUUCUUACGCUGGGAAAUGCGCCACCAGUAUCCUCGAGCGUUUGGUUGAAGAAGAGUAUGGUGCCGUUCAAGGACACUGUCAUCUUCACAGGUACCGAUACAAAGACCUACAAGUGGAAAGGUAACAGCCUCGGAAGCUCUCUCGAGCUCUUUUCUCCGGACGACAAAUCCUCAGCUAUCGCGCGAUUCACCAAGUCGUAUCGAGUGAAGAACCAAAAUACCGAUCCUCCUACAUAUACCACCACCCCAUCGCAACUUGUUAUAGCGGGAUAUGUCGUCUCGGGCGACUUCUCCUCCCCUGAUCACGAGGCACUACGCCUGCAAGAUCUCAUUGUGGUAUCAUUCCUCAUGCUUGAAAAGAGCAAGCGGGCGCGCGACAAAUCUGUAACAAAUAGGUCCAAACACCGUGUCUUCACCGUCUUCAACCCCAAGACUACUACCGUCGUGGAGAAUAAUGCUGCUGCAGAGAGAAUCGAAUCUUUGGAGUGGAAUGAUUGUUUAGUUGUUGAAGAAGACUAUAGUGUCAUUCAAAGAGUGGGUGACUGUAUUUACCACCCUCCCCGCUCCGCUCAAAACGAACUUCGAACCAUUCGCACCGUUGCCUUUACGGGUCUCGAUAACAAGACUUACAAAUAA